CUCCCCGACACCCUCCGCGACAACAUCACCCUCCCCGCCUCCCGGGGCCCUCCCUCCUCUCAAUCCGAAAUCCCCGCCUCCGCACACCCUCUCGAAGCCCGUCUGAUUGCCUGGCGCCAAACGCAGGAUGCAAUGAAGAUGGAGUCCCUGCGUCGGGCAUACGGUAUUGCGGAGCCCAUCCGUCGCGGCAUGGAACUGAAGCUCGUGCGGGAUGGAACGUUCCGGCCGGCUGUGCUGGGCGGUGCAAAGGCCGGCAAUGUUCAUGAGGAUAUUCUUGUGCUCGGUGGACGGGAUACGGAAGUCGGGUGGGAGGAUGUGUUUAAAGGAGACGAGUUCAGAGAACCACCCACUUUCCACGACGAGAUGGAGAAGAGGCUGCGGAUGGAUUUCUAAGCUACGUUUCGAUUGCCGACUUCUGGUUUCUGUUUAUGCUUCGUUGGUCUCGUUUAUUUAAUUCAUCGUAUGGGUCGUUAUGAUUCUUUAUUCUCGAUACAGGCGGGAUGUGAACAAGAGGAUUUUAUAGGUGGCCCACUCAUGAUUUGAUGGUCAAAUACUACUAGAUGCAAUUAGACAUACGGGUUGCAUGGAUGAAUAAGUUGGGCUACACGUAUUGGUCGUGGAUUGUAUUAGGCCGA